UCCGACAGCGUGGGAGACCUCAAACACACGAUGGAGGCUGUGGCACUGAAUGAUGGUCCUGCUCCCGACAGCUCCAACGCACAGCGGGACAUCUCGCCGGCAAACAUGCUGAGAAUAAAGCAACAGAUGUCCAACCAGUGUUUUGAGAUGGCUGUACAGCUCAAUGCAGGAAAAGCAAAGAGGUCAUGCAGCACAUCUGAAGCAGAGAGAGACUUACCAGAUUACGUCAGUGAGCUGGAAAGAGUCAAGACGAAUCAUUUUAACAGCAUGUUGACACUGCAUAGGAUGCAGAUGUGGCAUGCUAUUGGAGAAAAGCUGAAAGAAAACAAUUCAGAGGCAGACGGACUGAAAGCUGUGAGCGAUCGAUGCAUGGCUUUUUGUUCACAUAUAAAACAACUUCAGAAAGAGUCCAGAGAUCUUCAAGAUGAAAUUACAGAAAUACAGAAGACGAGACUUGAGAUGAAACGCCUCACACAUGAGAAAAUGAAAGAGAUGGAGGAGCUGAUGUCCAGGAAAGAGCACCCGGACACAGAGAAGUACAAAGCAGUGCUAGAGAAAGGCCAGGCGAACCUGGAGAAAUAUAAAAAGCUGGCCAUCAUGACACAGAACGUCCUGAGGGGCAUCCUCCUGGCCUAUAAAGUCAACUGGCUGGAUGAUCCCAAACUUCGAGACAUCGCCAUGACACUGGAGGAGAUUCCCAUCUCUGACUAGGAAAAGGAAUCUUUUCACUCAUAUUUAUGUUUCAGUGUUGCAUUGUUUAAUAGAUAAUAAAAUAUAAAUCUAAAACCA